AAAAAAAAACUAUGUUCGCUGCUGCACGUCGUACUGCUGCCUCUGGCUCGUUCGCUCGGGCAUUUUCUACAACUCCUAGGCUUCAGGGUGACCUUGCUAAACUCGUCCUGAUCGGUCGCCUGGGCAAGAACCCGGAAGUGCGGACGACGCGGUUAGACAAGGAAUAUGUCUCAUAUACUGUUGCGACCUCCAACUACCCUCCACCCCCACCCAACCCUGACGGCACUCGCUCCGAAAACUCUACCACGUGGCACACCAUCCUCUCUUUCAACCCGGGUGCUAAUGCGUACCUCCGUACCCUCCAGAAGGGUUGGCAGGUGUAUGUCGAGGCCAACUUCGAGCUGAGGGAAGCCGAUCCCGCUGCUGGGUCCGAUUCGCCCGCUGCACAGCGACAGAUUCUUCUCCGUCAUG